AUGGCAGUCAACCGAGCAGGCGCCUUGCUCUUGGACGCAGUGCAGGAGAGCGACAUUGCGCGAGUCCGCAAACACCUCAGCGAGCCCGGGGCAGCGGCGCUGGUCCGCACUGUGCAGGACGCGACUGGCGCGAGCGUCUUACACUUGGCCGCUGGGCUCGGGUCGAUUGAGAUUGUGUACGAGCUGCUCCGUCGCGGUGCAGCCGCCAGCAUGAACACGGCGCACCCAACAACACAAGCCAUCCCGCUCCAUCUCGCUGCGGCGGCAGACCACGGCCUCUGCGUCGAGCUCCUGCUGCGGUCCAAGUGCGCGAGCGCGAGCCUCGCCAUGCGGGAUGCAAACCGCCUCACGCCACUCGAGGCCGCCGUCCGCGCGAAGGCCACCCACGCAGCCGCCAUCAUCGAGCGGCUUGCUGCGACUUGCAUCUGCAGCGGGAGCGGUGGCGGCCCGGGGCUUGGAGCUGGAGCUGGAGCCGGAGCUGCAGAUGGGUUUUUCGCAUUGGCAAACCCGCCCGCCGCUGUUUCUGUUUCCACGGCACCCACGUCGUCGUCGUCGUCGUCGUCGUCGUCAAGUGGCACCACGCUGUUCUCUCGCAAGAAGAGCGCCGGCAAUCUGUUUGCAAGCAAAUCGCCGAGCUCUUCCGCUGGUUUGCCGUCGUCGUCGUCCAGUGGUAGCAACAAUUUGCCACCGCCGCCGCCGGGAGCUGCCAACGCCGGCGCACAGCAGCUGGACUCGGAUGCAUUGCUCACUGACGUCACCAAGAGCGGCUCGCACACAUUGCUGAUGGUGCUUCUCAAUUGCGACGAAUCUCCGAACGUGUGCGAUCCAGCGGGCAGAUCGCUGGUUUGGUGGGCCGCUUCGGCCGCGCAUCCGCCGUGUUUGGCGCUGUUGCUCGAACGAGGCGCAGAUGUGCACCGUGCCGACACGGAGCGCUGGACAGCACUGCACGCUGCUGCCAUGGGCGGCUCGCAAGAGCAUGCCGAGUGCGUCGACAUGCUGCUCGCAGCUGGAGCGAACGCUUGGGCCGAGACAAACAAUCGUGAAACGUGCAUGGAUCUCGCGCGGCGGUGCGGCAAGAACAAGACAACCCUUGCACAGCUCGAGGCAGCACGAGUCGCCGAAGCUGUGGCCGAGCUGUCUGCGAAAUUGAACGAUGCGACGAAUGCGUCAGCAUCUGGCAGCUCGACAGCCAUCAACAACUGCGAUCCCAAAGUGCUGCAGUCUGUUCGCACAGUGCUUGCACGACUUGCAUUCCUCGAAUCGCAGACGACCGAACAACAGGACACCAUCAAGAGGCUGCGAUCUGCGAACGACCUCCCAGCACCGCGACACGAGCGGCCCAUGAGUACCGCCAGCAGCGAUGGCUCGCUAGAGGGAUACCAGCUGCAACUACAGCCGCCGUCGCAUCACAUGCAGCCCCCUUCAAGCCCGUCCAAAUCGACAAAGCGGAUUGUCACUGUGUCCUUGUCAGACGAAACCGAGCGAGUCAAGACGCUGACUUCCGAGCGCGAUGCCCUUGCCGGGCGUUGCAAAACGCUGAUGAUGGCACUGGCGAGCGCGGCAGUUGAGCAUGACGAGGCUGUCGCAGCGCUGCGAGCCGAGCUGGAGGCCACAAAACAAGCCGCGAGCGAAGCGGUGAAAGACAAAGAUGCUGCUAUUCGAUCGAUUCAGCCCGAGUGCGACGCCGCCGUCCAGCGAUGUGAAAAUGCUUUCAGCAAUCGCAUCGCACGCGUAUCUCAAGACACUGUCGAUGCUCUUCGUAGAUUGAUGCAGGAUCUCGAGGAAGCUGAUGAAGAAAAGCGAGAUUUAAUGACUCUGCAUGCUUCAAAAAAGCUCACCUGGGUGCCAGAUGAAGUGCCGCGUUGGAAUGAGUUUUAG